AUGAGGCUCAUCCAUACCAAAUCACUGAAGCUCCGCGAGUUUAGUAGGUCCAUCCCACCGUACGCUAUUCUUUCGCAUACCUGGGGCACCCAGGAAGUCACCUUCCAGGAGCUCAAGAACAGGCCCACCCGAAAACGAAACAGGGAAAAACGAAAUAGGGACAACGGGGGCAUGGCUAAGAUCUUGGCUACCUGCCGACAAGCACGGCGCCAAGGCUUUGAGUACGUCUGGAUAGACUCGUGUUGUAUUGACAAGAGCAGCAGCACGGAGCUGAGCGAGGCAAUUAGUUCUAUGUUCAAAUGGUACCAGAACGCCCAUGUCUGUUAUGCUUACUUGGAGGAUGUCUCAGUUGGGAAAUCCAUGUCAGUAGCAAAGCCCAUAUCAGUUGGAGAAUCUAGACCUUCUGGCUGGACCUUAGGCGCGCCACCUGUUGUUUCAACGACAACAGGCACCGUUGGAUUGGGCAGCAGUCGAUGGUUCACCCGAGGUUGGACGCUACAAGAACUCAUCGCCCCGAAGAAGGUAGAGUUUUAUGAUACGGAGUGGAACUACAUUGGGGAGAAGCAUGAGAUGGCCUCGGAGAUCCGAGACAUCACAGGGAUUGACAAAUUCGUCAUCCAAGGAAGUCCUCUUGAGCAAGUCAGUGUUGCAAAGAAGAUGAGCUGGGCUGCCCAUCGAGAAACAAGGCGAAAAGAAGACAUCGCUUAUUGCCUAUUCGGCAUCUUUGGCGUGAAUAUGCCCCUCGUAUACGGGGAAGGCUCCAAGGCAUUUUUGCGUUUGCAGGAAGAAAUCCUGCGUAGAUCGGAUGAUCAGACUAUCUUCGCUUGGCGUUCCUUGGAGUCACAAAAGUCCAGAGAGGUCCGUGGACUCUUUGCAAGUUCUCCUCGCGAAUUUAGCAAUUUCUAUGACGGGCUCCCGAAUGAAUCAAACAUAAGAGGCGAGUCGAGUACACCGUCUACCACCGAUCAUUUAGUGAGGUGCUGUUUUGGUGGAGACCCUCGGAGAGCUGCGGGAAUAUAUCUCCAGCGUCAAGACAAUGACCGAUACGCCCGAAUUCGCCCACAUGAGAUCGCAGCGUUGGAACGAGAGGGCCGGCAUGUCAGGGACAUCACUCUAUACGGACUUACUCGUACUGAUGAAAUCCGUGGGCACCACUAUUAUCAGCCAUGGACAUCAUCCUACCAGAUUCGAAUGGAGCUUAUGGAUAGUUUCAAAGCUGAAGAUGUCGAAAUAACUAGAAAGCGCUAUGAAGAUUCGUUCUAUAUGAAGAAAGCUGCAAUCAAGCCUCGAACCUUGUUUGGAAAAUAUACGCUCCAUGGGUUUUUGAUGACCGAUUCACGCGGCCUGCUGCGGUUCUUCUCUUUCGAUCCUACAGCUCGUCGUUUGGAUCUGGUAUUGAAAACGUACACUGAUUAUCGAAUUGUUCUUGUUUAUCGAGAUUUCAAUGGUACUGGCCUAGUGCUGGUUGCUUUGGGUCAAAGAAACGGCCAACAUUGGAUGGAUGCGGUGUUCUUGACUGAGAAGAAUGUGAAAGAGGACAGUUCGAGUCUUCUCAAUGCCAUGACUACGCCUUCAUCGCACAGCUCAAAGUCCAAGGAGCUACUCAUUGAUGAUAUACAUGGACAACUUCGACUUUGUUUCGGAUUGAAAACCGUCGAAGUAGAAGGCAUUGCGAUGUCAAAACUGCAAAUCAUGGGGCCAUGGCCAGCGUCAUUUUUGAAAUAUACCCUUCAUUAUUACCGUUAUUCCUUGAUCGGAUUGGUGAUUUGGGGCGCUACUGUCCUUGGGCUCUGGUAUGUCGGCGUGGUAGGAUUUGGAGAUGCUCCGCCUAUUGGAGCGGUGAUACAUCAACACUAA